GAAGUGGCUCCGGCAGGGGCUCUGCAGCCGCGGGGCCCGACGCGGCGCAGGCCCGGUGCUCACGAGGCGUGGGCCGGGCCCGGGGCCCGUCGCGUCUCUGCGGCCCCGAGGAAACGGUCCUGGCCCGGCCACGGGCCUAGCGGGUGUCUGCGGAAAGACGGGGACCCGAGCGGAGCUGCGGACCGCGAGAGCCCCGCCGAGCCGUGUUUGAGGGGCGCCGCCAUGGCUGGGUUCCGGCCGCGGCGAGCUCCAGGCCGAGGCUGGCCUUAAGCAGGGCGGCUCGGCCCCGGCACCGCGCGAAGGAACCGGGCUCUGCGGCGCGGAGGGUCAGGCGGCCCCGGCCCCUCCCGCUUCCGCCCGGGCCGGGUCCCCACGGCGGAGCCCCAGGCUGAACCCCCGUGCGUCAGGCGAGGCUCUUGGCUGCAGCCCCCUGCUCUGUUACCAACUUUCCUUCUCCAGUUUGACACGUCCUGACCUUUGCGUUCAUGCCGCUCCUCGGAUUAUUUAGGCGAGCUCUAAGCGGCACUUACUAGGCCGACGCCUCCCCUGAGGCUCAGCUGCGGGCUCCCAGGCCUAGGCGCCCAUGACCCCUACGCUGACCACGCCUGGACGCCACCGCCGGGGCCCAAUGCCGGUCAUGCCCAUCCCGCGGCGGGUGCGCUCCUUCCACGGCCCGCAUACCACCUGCCUGCAUGCGGCCUGCGGGCCCGUGCGCGCCUCUCACCUGGCCCGCACCAAGUACAACAACUUCGACGUGUACAUCAAGACGCGCUGGCUGUACGGCUUCAUCCGCUUCCUGCUCUACUUCAGCUGCAGCCUGUUCACCGCGGCGCUCUGGGGCGCGCUGGCCGCCCUCUUCUGCCUGCAGUACCUGGGCGUGCGUGUCCUGCUGCGCUUCCAGCGCAAGCUGUCGGUGCUGCUGUUGCUGCUGGGCCGCCGGCGUGUGGACUUCCGCCUGGUGAACGAGCUGCUCAUCUACGGCAUCCACGUCACCAUGCUGCUGGUGGGGGGCCUCGGCUGGUGCUUCAUGGUCUUCGUGGACAUGUGAGGGCCGUGAGCGCGAGCUGGAUUCAUUGUCCUGGCCUGUGGCUGUGUUCUCUCCAAGGGUGGGGCUGGUCAGCGCCUUCGCUUCUGCCCAUCCCGCAGGCAGGUGCUGCUGCCUCGGUGCCCACGGAGAGAAAAGAAAGGGCUGAGACUUACGUGGUGAGGGUGCGGGCGCUGCCCCUAGGCUGGCUUCUUGCGCCCACCCUCCUCUCGUGCACUCUCAGGUUGUACUGCAGGGUGGGCCUCUCUGCAGGACCACACCUGCCAGGGACUUCAGACAUCACCCUGGGAGACCCCUGGACACAGGGCUGUGUGCCCAGGAGCAAAUCCGGAGGGCUCCCCUCACUGACACACCACACUGCCACAAAGCUGCUCACUCUGCCAGGGGCCGCCUGAGGCCUGGCACUGCCCUCUGUCACCCUGAAGGGCUGUGGGUCCUGAGUCCCAGGCCAGCCUUCAGGGUCUCCUUGGUUGUGUAGAUGCAGUCUAGCAGGGGGCCCCAGGGGCUCAGAUAGGAGGGGCCUCAGCAGGUUCCCAGCUCAGGGGCUGGCCUGGGGGAACCCUGGGAGCCAGGGGACCAACUCCAGCAGCGCGGGCCUGCCUGCCUCUUCCGAGAGGGCUGUCAAAAUGUCCUGUAGAAUCUGUGGAUUUCUGGGGAGGCAUCUCCAUUCCUUUCUGGCUUUUCUUGCUGGGGGUGGGGGAUUGGGCCUCUUUAUUUGAGGGAACACCCUCAAAGAAAGCCUGGGAAAUAGAGGGUGCAGUGAGCUGGGAUGGAGACUUGUGUGCCCCUAGUGUCUGGAGCAGGGAGCAGAGGCCUCAGUGCAGCAACCACUGACCUGGAGCCUGUGUGGCACCAGCAGCCUCUUGCAGCCCCGGGCGUAUGGCAAGGUUCUACCCACGCUGUCCUCCAGUGACUGGGGGUUCUGGAUGACAGCACAGGGGCAGGGGGCUGGAGGGGCACAGGUGCCUGUGUUCAGGGAGGGCGGCCACCGUGGGCCAGGCUCUCACCUAGGACCGCACACGCUGUUCCUCUCAGCCUUGCAGUCACUGCAUCACUAUGGCGACGGCCCACAGCUGUGUGACUUUGGGGGCAGAUGGGAGGGCGCCCUGAAUGAUGAUUGCAGGGAUGACGACAGAGGCCGCCCUGGAGCAGGACACAGGUUGCGGUGCUCAGAUGGCGACCCUAGCUUCACCCCAGUCCAUGUCCCCACAUCUGGGCAUGGGUGGACCCUGCCAGGCGGACCAGUGGCCCUGGGCCAUGAGGACAGUUGUGUGCCACUGGAAGAAAAACGUUUUGAGAAACCCUAAAUCAGGUAGAGAAAGCAAAAAAUAUUUGGCCAUAAACCGUGCUGUCUGAUCUGUUGGCAGCUUCUGUGGAUGACCUUCGAGGAGCCCCGCUUAGUCCAGGCCCCCGGCAGGUGGGCGGGAGCUUCCUUGUGGGGGGGUCUCAUUUCUUGCUGCAGAGAAUCUUUUGCACUAAGUCAUGCUAUUUCCUCAAAGAAGCUUUGUUUUUUGUUAACGUGUUCCUCAGAGUUGCCCGAGCCCCUUGGCAGAGGGAGAAGGAGUGGCGGGAGGGGCUGGCGGUGCUGCUCGCUGGGGGUCAGCGCCGCAGGGAGGGGCGGCACCGUGGUGCGCUCUGAGCACCUGGCUGCCUGCUGUCCUCAGUGCCUGUGAAUUCGUCAUGAGAUGAACCACCUGCAUUAAACCUAUUUUUUUAAUGUGU